AUGUCUUCUGCAUUGAGAAACACCAAAAAUGGCACUGAAGCCAAACGAAUUUCUGUUUCAUUUGAGGCUGAACAAGAAACAACAUUAAUGGCUCUUCUUAGUCAGUAUGGAAUCAAAUUCAUUAUUCAAAGUCCACGAAAAAGUUCAGAUACUUGUCAAUUUAUGGAUAUUAGAGAAGUAAUAAUUGAUGAAGAAACAUAUAAUUUUGCUGAAUAUAUCGAACAUCUAAUCUAUACGAGUGGAAAGUCAGUUGACGAAAGUAAAAUUCAUUAUACUAAAUAUAAUAAAAGAAAUCACACAGCUGCUACUAACAAUUCAUUAAUUUGUAUGCUUGAACAAUUAGGAUGGAAAAUUGUUUUAAAGAAUACUAAGAGUUCUUCUGUUACAUUAAAAAUGUCACGUAUUAGUGUUUUGUCUUUGGGGGCAGUUGUCAUCAGUGGAGAGGACAUCGCUCGUAUUGGGGGUUUACUCAAUAAGGGGCUCAAGAGCUUUGUCCGUGGUCACAAACGUGAUACUCUACUGAUGAUUUCUAGUGCUGAGCUCCAAUUACAAUCACUUAUAAACAACUUCAAUUUACCAAAUGAAUUUAAUCUUAAGCCACUUCAUCGUAUGAUGCAACCUAUUUCUAUUUCUUCACAUAUUGGUUCGACUAAUGAUGUCAUUUGCCCAGAAUGUAUUGUCAGACCAAGUUAUGUGAGUGACGUUAAGAAAGGUGAUGAAGAUGAUGAGGAUAGAGUUAUUGGUAUUGAACCAACAAAAACUGAACAAAGUGAAUAUAAAAAACAAGAAGAACUAAAUACACAAAGUGAAUUUUUAGAAGCAGCAGUUAAUGCACAAAUAUUUUCUCAAUAUGAUAAUGAACUUCCACCAAUGCCAAUUAAUGAAGACCAACAAUUUAUUAAUUAUUACAAUUCUCAAAAUGGGUCUUGUGAUUUGAUUAGUAGUAAUUUUACUUAUUAUAACAAUUAUAUAGAACCAAAUACUAAUUGUUAUUUUUUGUUAACUACAGUUGAAACACCAAUUAUUGAGAAUAAUGAGAACUAUUGUUGGUUAAAUUGUGGCGAAAAUGGUUUCAUUCAAUCAUCAGCUUACAAUCCUUCAGUGUAA